AUGACCAUGCUCACAGUCAAGCAGCCAACACACUACGGCUACAAGUCCGUCCAUGACCUACCUACUCCACCCUCAACAUCCCGACCCUCGCCUCCCUUGGCUUACCAAGAUCACCCUUCGCACAAGCUGCUGCCGUCCAUUCCCCGCAGUCACAGUCCAGUUGGCCAGCCUAUGUCGGCACAUCAUCGUGGCCUGCCUCCCCCGGCGGCCAUGACUUUGCCGCCCCAGCCGCCUCACCCAAGCUCGGCUCCUCCUCCGCCACCGCCCCCGGCGCCUCAAUCCAUCAGUCAAGCUCAAUCUAGCCAUGGCCACCUGAUGGGCCAGCUGCCCGGGCCUCCGCCGCAGUGGCAAGGCGCCGAGGAUUCCAUGAGAAGCUGGCUGGCAGCAAAGACCGAGGAAGAGCGCAGGAGACAGGAGGAGGAGAAGACGAGGCAGGAGACUCUGCGCCUCGAGCAACGGCGUAUCGAGGCCGACAUGCUGCGGACCUCUUUAAACGGCGGAAUCCCUCCGCCCAUUGUUCCUCUCGUCUUUGCUGGAAUGGGAGGCGGUGUUCCUCCAGCCGCUUUGGAGUGGGCGCAGCAGUUUCUCGCCCAGCAAGGACAGCCGCAACAUGCCCAGCUGCUUCCCUCCCAAGGUCCUGUUUCACCCGAGCAUCGCCGCGAUUCUCAGUCCCAGCCUUAUGGUCAAUAUGCGGGCGUCCCUUCAACGCCGAGCUCCGCCCCCGGGCCUCACGGGUUCCCCGCCUACCCGGGCUCUCCCCAGCGGGGACGGGCAACGACUCUGUCCUCGACGGGUUCGGUUUCCCGGCCGCUCGGAUCUGGCAAUCUGCCCAGCCUCAACACCAACGUCCCCCAUUCUGGUCCACCAGGCCCGUCAGCACUGCAGAGUCACCAGCACGCAGCUUCGCAGUCUGUGCAGUCUCAGCAAGAGGCCCAGCCGAGCCCGUCCAUCUACUUUCACCACUGGCACCCGCCGACAUCCCAAGCCGGAGGUGGCUCUACCCAGCCUGCGACACCCUCCGGGGAGUCUCCUAGGAACAAGCGCAAGGCCACAGGCCCGCAGCCAGCCCCACCACCGCCAAGUCAGCAUCAACGUCUGCGGUCGCCUCCUUUCCACGGUGGAUCAACCCUCGAGAAUCCCCCGCCGGGGCGAAGACGGGGACAUACACGACAACGUAGCGAUCUUUCGUCGUAUCGGCCGACGGGUCGUGGCCGAGGUGAGAGUUUUGGGACGCCUCGAGGCAUGUCUCCGCAGGUCGCAAGCUUCAGCACGGCCCCGGAAUAUGGAAGCGCCAGUUCGACAUCUGCUCAACCACAGCAACAAGCACCGAGGGGUGUUGGCGGACACUCGGUAUCAUCCUUGUUAUCCGAAGAGCCAUCGCGCGCAGCUCAGUAUGGUCCGACGCCAACGGAGGCUUAUCAAGGGCAGGGCGAGGAAAGACGACGAUCCCCGUUGUGA